AUGAAGCGGGACUGUACGAGUCAGAGAGGUGGCAGCGGGAACGAAGCUGUGUUUCCUCUAAGCGAGGAAUGCCGGAACGGCUGGUUGAUCUACUGUGGCGCUUCAUCGCACAAGACCCCGCAUCGCUCUGACCUAUUCGACUACGAGACCUUGAACGAUGGCGUCAAGAUGACUAUUGCGAAUGGCAAGAAGUUACGCGUUCGUGGAAGAGGAACAGUCAAGUUGACUGGUCUCGACGAAAGACGCUCAAGAUGA